AAGGCACCAUUCUUAUAAGCUGCCAGUUUUCUGAACCUGGUUUUGUUACAAAUACAAUUUGUAGUUGUAGGUCUCUUCGCCCCCCUUUCUUCUCUUCUUCUUAUCUUGUGCCUUCGCGUGGCAUGUAUCAAUUCAAUUAAAUCUCUCUUCCUUCUAUGUCUAAAAUAUCAUAACAGCAUAACAAGCAUGACAACAAGCAAAGCAAGUAAUGAAACUGCUGCUUCAGAACAACUCAACAACAAUACAGAGUGUUGCAUGUGCGGGGAUCUUGGCUUCUCUGACCAGCUUUUUCACUGCAAAGUCUGCCAAUUCAGAUCUCAACACAGAUAUUGCAGCAAUUUGUACCCGAAAGAUGAGGCGUGUGAAACGUGCAAUUGGUGUUUGAGUCAGAAAGAGGAGAGCACAAAAGAGAAGUCACCGAAUUCGUCAAACUCUUCAUCUUCUCAUCACAGGAACAACGACGAGGGAAACAAGAACAAGAAGCUCAUCAAGAAGCUCCAAAUUCAGAAACCAAUGAUUAAGAAACCAAAGUCUCCGUCAGAUCAUCAGUCAUCAAGAUCACCACCACCACCAUCGCCUUCACCGUCGGUUAUGACACCGACACGGAAGAGAAUCGUGACCAACCGUGCCUUGGAGGAAAGGCUGAGGAGGACCAAGUCAGAAGGGGUAAUAGCGGCGGUUAGAAAUGGUGGCGCCACCAAACAGGUCUUUAGGAAUAAGGUCAGAAGGUACAAGCUUUUGGAUGAGGUUUCAAGUUGAGUUAAGCAAACAAAACUUAAUCAAAAUAAAAAGUUUUUAUAUUUUUUAUUUAGAAAAUAUCGUUCCAUUUUCGAACUUUAAUACAUUGAGUAUCCAUGUAGUAAAAGUCGAAAGAAUAGAUACUUUUGAAAAGGAGGAGUACAUAAAAAAAAUGAUGUCGAUUAUAGGUUUUUAUUUUUAUUUUCCAAAAUUUCCCAAACAAUGUAUAUAAAUCAAAAGUGAAAUAAUGAAUGAGCCAUUGCAGCCCCA